UUAAGAGCAUACGCCAAUUAGAUUCAGGAUUUUUGCAACAGUUGCAAAGCAGCUUUUUCUGCUGAGCGCGGCCAUUAAAGCGAAUGUCUGCCAAAGGGACACGCGACGUUUCCUCUCUGUCGCGACUUCUCGGCCCGCGUCCCACGGCGAAAGCAGCGCCAUCUGCAGCGCGAGGGGAAGCAUCAUCGAACUAAUCGCUGUACUUCAAAAUCGCGGGAUCUGCUGUCAGCUUUCUCCCCUCGCGGCUUUAUUCUCGCCCUACGGUUUUUCUAUUAGUAAAUAAAACAGGAGGACAGAGGAAUAAACGCGCGCGAUGAGCACGCAGCAGCCGCCCGCCGUGAAGAUGAAAGAGCUGCGCCUGCCGAUCUCGAGGGUCAAGACGAUCAUGAAGAGCUCGCCCAGCGUCGACACCGUCGGGCAGGACGGCUUGUACCUGGUCACAAAAGCAACGGAGCUUUUCAUACACUACCUGACGGAGGAGGCGCACCUGCAGAGCAACAAGGGAUCUGCUCUGGAUUACAAACACCUGGCGGAGGUGGUGCAGACCAACGACACGCUGGAGUUCCUGCGGGAGAUCAUGCCCAGGAAGAUCACGGUCCGACAGUUCAAGGAGAUGAUGGCUGCCAAAGAGGCGUCCAACAGCAGCAGCUCGUCCGAGAGCAGCUCGGACUCGGACAGCGACAGCGACUCCGACACGGACUCUUGUUCGGACAGCGACGAGACCAAGGGCGAAAACGGCAACUCGUCGGGCAGCGAGCGGGAGAGCGAGACCAAGGAGAACGGCGCUUGUCAUUCGGACAGUGACAAAAGUGAGAGCAGUGCGAAAAGUGACAGUGAGGAGAACAGUAAGAGAUGAGGUCUCCAUCUCCGACAGGCAGACUCGGGUUGUUUGGUGAAUCCUUUACCUCGUGUCCUUUUGCAAAAUUUUGCGGAUCUGUCUGGUGUCAAGAUUGCACAUUUGUAUUAGCGGAGUGGCCUCUGCAGGUCUGCAAAACUAGUAAAGUUAACGCAGCCGUCAGUAGGGGCUCUGAGUUUAGAACCGAUCGUGAAAAUUUGUUCUCGAAAGAGAGGAUAUUAUUUUUAUAUGCUUACAGGUGAUGAAAGUACACUAUCAAGAUCUUGUUACACAUAUCUCUUCUCGCGGUAUAUAUUUUUGUACAUAUCUAUGUCUCACGAUAUGAAUAUUGUGAUGAAACUCAUGCAUCAUGUUUCUUUACGUCGAUCAAAUUAAUGUUUUUUUGCAUUAACUAUAUUUAUUUAUAAUCACAUUUUAAGAUUGGUGUUUUCUCCGAUAAUAAAUGAUGAUCACGAUUCAUUUUAUUUUGUCUUAAAGAAUCUUGUAUUAUAUAAUCGUACGAGAAUUAUGUACAUUUUUAAGAUCUUUACAAUACAAAGUUGGC